ACUACUGACGCUACACUCGAUUUUUGGGACAUGGAUUUCUGGCACACUUUUAUCCCAACUGGUAAUGGUUGGUAUACCAUGCUUCACCAUGAUAACACUACUCAUCAGGUCAAAAUUAGCAAGUCUCCCGAUCAGGGCUAUUAUUAUAUUUAUAAUACUGGAUGCAGGGAUGGCAACUAUCCUAACGCUGAAAACCCUGAUGACAGAAAGAUCUAUUGCGAUGAACCAGGUAAUAGCACACCGGAACGAGUCAAAUACAACUGGGAAUUUACUGAUAUAUUAACCGAAGUGGGCAAAUACUAUAAUAUUAGCUCGACCAUGACCAAUUUUAAAUAUGAAAAACCUUCUAAGGAACAAUUAGACAAGCAUCUUAAAUUGAACAUGGUGGGCAACUUAACUUUUCCCAACUGUAGUCCGGAGAAUUUAACCAGAGAGGCGACGUUCGAGAAGACCCUGACACAAACUUAUAGCAUAUCUAUGAAAGAAGCUUAUAUGUGGGCUACUGAAGUGAGCUGGGAGGUGGACAAGAAGCCUGAUAAGGAUCAAAAGGAUAACGUGAAAUACUACAACUGGAUAUUCACCGCCAUAUUGACCGAGGUGGGCCAUUAUUACAACGUAGACGUGACCAUGACCAAUUUCAAAUAUAAGAAACCAUUGCAAGAAUUACUAGAUCAGCACCGUAAACUAGACCUGGUUGCAACAUUAACGGUGCCCAACUGUAGUCCGGCUACUGCUAGCCGAGAAAUCACCCUCGAAAAGACCCUGACACAAUCAUAUAGUAUAACUAUGGAGGAGUCGCAUACGUUUGCGAGUAGGUUCUGCGGACGGUUUAGCGUAACAGCGGGUGUCAGCGGCGAUCUCAUGGGUAUAGUAGAGGCCUCGGUGUCCACUACGGCUGAA